AUGGAGGGGAGAGGAGCCACCCACGGUGACAAUGUAGACCAGGAGAAGCAAGCCAUCGAGUACGCUCAUGUCGACGCCGCCAAGGAUAAUGUCGACAACGAAGUGGGCAAGGUUAAUACCCACGAUGAAUUUACACCCCAAGAGCAACGCAAGAUCAUCCGGCGUAUUGACCGUCGACUUGUUGUAACUGUCGGUGCCAUGUACUGCGUCAGUCUCAUGGACCGGACAAACAUGAGUGCGGCCAACAUAGCAGGCAUGAGUGUUGAGCUCGACCUCCACGGGUAUCGAUAUAAUAUCGCAAACCUCGUCUUCUUCAUUCCUUACAUCAUAUUUCAGCCUCCAUCUACCGUUCUCGUCCGAAAGCUUGGCCCACGUGUGCAUCUAGCGGGAAUCACCCUUUUCUGGGGCGCCGUCAUGAUUGGCAUGGGCUUUGUCAAAGAUUUCGGCCAGCUUGCUGGGCUUCGGGUUAUACUCGGUCUGCUCGAGGCAGGCUUCUUCCCCAGCUGCGUCUAUUUACUCAGCACGUGGUACACGCGGUACGAGGUCGGAAAACGCUAUUCACUCUUCUACUUGCUUGGCUGCGUCGCGUCGGCAUUCUCUGGCAUCCUAGCCUACGGGCUCAUGCAACUGAACGGACGAGAAAACCUUACAGGCUGGCGAUGGAUCUUCAUUAUCGAAGGCGUGCUGACGUGCGCCCUAGCCAUUGGCUGCUACUGGUUGCUGGUUGACUUCCCAGACUCAAAGAGAACGUCGUGGAGCUUCUUGGGUCAGCGUGAACGCCAAUGGGUCGUUGACCGCAUCCAAAGAGACCGGGGCGACUCCAAGGUGCCGCCAUUCAACAUGAGGAAGUUCCUUGGCGGUGGCGCUGACUGGAAGAUAUGGGCAUACGCCAUGAUCUUUCUCAACACCACGACCAUGUCGUACGCCCUGGCGUAUACAUUGCCACUUAUUCUCAUGGGGAAUAUGGGUUUCAGUGUCGGCGAGUCUCAGUGCCUCGUGGCGCCACCAUACGCAUUUGCUGGCAUCGUCAUGUUCCUGACUGGAUACUACGGCGACAAGUUCCGCUUCCGGGGGCCCAUCAUCAUCUUCAACAUGAUCCUCUGCCUCAUCGGUCUUCCCAUCAUGGGAUGGCACAAGGAUGCGGCCGUGCGGUAUUUCGGCGUCUUUCUCGUCACAGCAGGAGCCAAUAGCAACAUUCCCGCAACGAUGGCAUACCAAGCCAACAAUGUCCGCGGCCAGUGGAAGAGAGCCUUCUGCAGCGCUACACUUGUUGGCUUUGGUGGAAUUGGUGGCAUCGUCGGCAGCUUGGUCUUCCGCGAGCAAGAUAAGCUCACUGGCUACAAGCCGGGCAUGUACACUUGCAUUGCCUGUUCCCUCCUGUCGAUCAUCCUCGUCAUUGUCUGUGACCUGGACUUCCGGAGGCUGAACAGGCUGGCCGACCAAGGCCAGAAAACACUGGAGUCCCACGAUGAGGAUGCCUCGACCGAUUUCCGGUACACGUACUAG